UAGAAGGCAAGUGUGAAUCUGUUACAGCAAAGAUGCUCUAUACAGGGGACACAAAAUAAACUUCCUUCCAAAUUGCGGUACCAGACAACAAUCAUACUGCUUUACAGCCCACACAAAAAUCAUACUACUAAUUUAGAAUCAUACCCUUCUCUCCCUCCCUCUCUUUCUCUCUCUCUCUCGUUCAUUCUCAUUAUCAUCUUGAUAUAACACUACUGCAUACUUCCUCUGCUUCAAAUUCCAUACUUGUUAUUGUAUUCUAGUUUUUGCUGCAAGGGAUUUUAAUUUUUUUUUUUUCUUUUGAAUUUGAAACAUCAAAAGAAGAAAUGGGUGGAAGAGAAGUCAUAGGAAUAAACCCCAACCCUGAGUGUGCUGUCGGCGCGAGGUCUUUUUUUGUCGGCAUUGUCUGUACCCAACUAUGAUUCUCAAAUUUAUUGAUUCAAAAGUACAACCACGAGAUUGAUUGAUUUUAUUCAUUGAUUCAUUCGUUCAUUCAUUACUUAUCAGUUCUUGCAGCCCCUGAAAACUGUGUAUCUCUGCUUCCCUUUGCCUGCCUUUGUCUCUUUGACAGUUGCAACUCAAAGAAGUGGUGCUGAUUGUAACUGGGUUUAUAUUACUCUCUCUUGAUUUCAAAAUUCUUUCUGGGUGUUGGGAUUGAGUGAUAGAGAUAAAGAGACUUCAUUCUCAAUGUGGGAAUGUGGGUGAGUGUUGAUUUUGCUGAUUCUGUUAUUGGCAAAUGAAACUGAGAUUUCUGGAGAUCUGGCUGCAUUAUUUCUCUGGGAAUACAGGUUUGAUGACUUCAGAUGCUUACUUAUAAUCUAUCUUUUUGUCUUAAACAGUUUCAGUUUUGAUAGAAUUUUAUACUUUUCUCAAUGAAUUCAAGACUUUGUCAAUGAAAUCACACUGUGGACUUUGUUACCUUGCACUGGAUUUGGCUAUUUGAUCAGUUAGUUGGCAUUUGUUAAACGGGCAUUUGUUAUUAAAGUCUGUUUCUCUUGUGGUUCUCUUGUUAGUAACUUUUAUUUAAAACUACUAUUUUAACUGCUAAGCCUAUUACUAAAAGAAUGAUCACUUCCUGCACUCUUAUUGCUGUGGCUACUUGUUUCAAGUAGAUUUUAUUAGAAUGUUGCUUGCUUUUUUGUGUAGACAUUUUCUUUUUCCUUGUUUCUAUUGAAUGUUCUGUCCUCAUUGAUCAUAGUUUACCUGCUCAUGGUAUCUUUUUGAUCCAGGUUCCAUGUAUAAUAUUUUACUUUCCAGUAGUAAUUCACUGCGUUGUUGAAGUGUUUCCCAUACCAAAUGUCAAAGACUCUUGCAGCCAUAUUAGGAGGUGCUGCAGGAGUCGUGGCAUUGGUGGGGAUCAUCAUCUUUCUUAUAUGGUUCUACCUAUCUCACAAGAAGAGUGUUUCAAGAACAUCCGAGACAGGGUCUUCGGAGCCAUCUCAAGAAGGAAGGCCUGUUGGGGUUGAGUUGUCCAUUCGAGAAGCAAGGCGUUUUGAGACAGAAGAAUUAUCUCUUGCCACAAACAAUUUUAGUAAUAAAAAUUUGAUUGGGAUAGGAAAAUUUGGAGAAGUAUAUAAGGGUUUGCUUAAUGAUGGGAUGCUUGUGGCUAUCAAAAAGCGAGUUGGUGCACCUAGCCCGGAAUUUGUUGAUGAGGUGCGCUACCUUUCACCUAUUCAGCAUCGGAAUCUUGUGACUCUUUUGGGGUACUGCCAGGAAAGUAAUCUACAGUUUCUUGUAUACGAGUAUAUACCUAAUGGGAGUGUUUCCAGUCAUUUGUACGGACCUGGUCGUGUUUCGGAUGGGAAGCUAGAAUUCAAGCUUAGACUUUCAAUAGCUCUCGGUGCAGCUAAAGGUUUGGCUCAUCUUCAUUCUCAGAGUCCCCGUUUGUUACACAAGGAUUUCAAAACAGCCAAUGUUCUUGUUGAUGAAAAUUUUAUUGCGAAGGUUGCAGAUGCAGGACUUCUUAAUUUCCUGAGACAAGUUGAUGUUGCAGGUCCAUCUUCACUAGUGACAGCAGAUGAAAUAUUUCUUGCACCAGAGGUGAAAGAGUUCAGAAGAUUUUCUGACAAAAGUGAUGUGUUCAGUUUUGGCGUAUUCCUUCUGGAGUUACUACACGGACAACAAGCAACAGAAUCGCCAUCUCCAGACUCCAGCCAAAACCUUGUAGAAUGGGUUCAAAAUACUGAGGACUACAGUGUUUUUGCUGGCAUUGUUGAUCAAAGAUUGGGAACUAGCUUCACAGCUGAAGGUAUGGAGGAGUUCAUACAAUUGAUAGUCAGAUGCCUGGAACCUUCAAGCGAAAGGCGACCUGCGAUGAGUUAUGUGGUGAUGGAACUCGAUCGGAUACUCGAGAAAGAGAUGAGCUUAACAACAGUCAUGGGGGAAGGAACCCCAAUUGUGACUCUUGGAAGCCAACUAUUUAAAGCAUCAAAAUAAGAACAAAUUGAUUUGUUUCCAAAAUAUUGAGUGUGAUUUUUGUUAUACUUUUCUUUCUUCUUGUUCAUCCCUUUUUUUGAAGAAAUUCAGCUGUUUGUUAGAAGUGUAUAAAAGAACAGCUGCAUAAUUUUUUCAUUUUUUUUUUUUUUUUGUGGCAUAAAUGUAUUUGAGAUCUUGCUGUAAACCAUUAUUUGUUGUUAAUAUGAAAGUAAAGUUGAGAUUUGUGUGA